UAUUCUGUCAAGAUUCUUCAUUGGUACGUCUCGGUUCCUCAAAAAAUACUAUGGCAUUUCCAAAAAUCGUCUUAGCCCUAAUUUACGUUUUUUCUUCAGUUAUCAGUGCCCAUGCAACUAUUGUUACUCCCUGCACCGCAAUCGGUGAUUUUCCUCUUCCUGAUAAUGUAGAAAUCGGAAACUGCGUCGAGCCACCCUGCCUUUUCCCCAUUAAUAGUACCUUUAACAUUGCAAUGAACUUCACGUCACCACGAAGAUUAGAUCACAUUGCUCCACAGGCUGUUGCCGAAACUCCCAUAUUGCUUGUAGAUCUUCCUCUAGAACAAGAAAAUGCUUGUGAUGGCAUAGUCAACACAGAGUGUCCUCUGGAAGCAGGCGAAGACGUAGAAUAUACAUUGCAAAUGUCUGUCUCUCCUGUUUUUGGAGAAACGCCUUUUGCCAUGGAAUUUCUUCUCUUGGACGUGGAUAAACUGAGUUUUUUUGAGUGUUUUAGGGCUGACAUGCAAAUGACGGAAUUAGAAUAAUUUUCAUUGCACUGUUUGUAAUAAACUUGUGUGGUAUAAAAGUUAAUUUACUGUCUACGAUGACUCCAAGAUCUCUAAAUUCCUCACAACGUUCUAAUAACUAUUUCACCAUUGAUAUUAUAAUAAAAAUAAUUGUUUGAACCUUU